AUGGCUCGCAAUCAGCUUCCUCGUGGCCCAUCGCAAAUGCGCCAUGUGCUAGAUGUCCUGAAGCCACAACGUUCUGACAAGUUUCGUGAGAGUUUUCGAGUAUCCCCAUGUACCUUCGACAAAAUCUGCACCAAACUUGCACCUGAUCCUGUGUUCUCCAACAACUCCCAGAAUGAACAAAUUCCCCUUGCUGACCAACUCGCAGUUGCACUAUAUCAUUUUGGACAUGAUGGUAAUGGAGCCAGCAUGCAGGCAGUUGCAGAUUGGGCUGGGCUUGGCAAGGGAACUGUUCACCUCAUCACCCGCAGAGUCAUGACAGCUGUCCUUCGCCCAUCUUUCCGUGAAUCUGCUGUUCAAUUUCCCACUGCAGAUGAAAAAGAACUUGCAAAGUCCUGGGUUGAAGCUCACUCCUGUCAUGCAUGGAGGAACGGGUGGUGCCUAGUUGAUGGCACACUCAUUCCUCUUUAUGACCGACCUCAUUGGUAUGGAGAAAGCUACUUUGACCGAAAGUCAAAUUAUUCAUUGAAUGUCCAAGUAUUUAUAUUUAUAUAUUUUAUCUGCAACUCAGUAUAUUUGAGCUGA